AUGGGCGCGACUGCUGCCCGCGCCCCAACGGCCAGGGCGCCGCCGGAGGCCGCCGAGGACUUCGCGGGCACGCUGCUCGGCUUCCGCCAGCGGCAGGAGCAGGCCCUCGAGGCGGUGAGGUUGCCCGUGCCUUUCGGCUACUUCCACCUCCUGAAUCUGAUGGUCCUGAUGAACAUGCUGUUCUGGGCGUUUGCCCUGGGGAUGACGACGUCGUAUUUCUCGCCGUUGUUCUACGUCCUGAGCCUGGUGCUCUCGCUGGCCAUCCUGGAGCUCGCCGCGGGGCUCGCCCGGCCGUUCGGGGACAGCAGGGAGAGUAUGCCGGCUGCCGAGUGGUUGGAAGAGACGGUCGAGAACGUGAACUCGCUUCUGGACUACAAGUACUCGGGUGCCUCUGGCAGCUGGAAGCGCAAGCUGGAGACGGAGUCGAAGUCUUCGGUCAAGCUCAACCUGGACCCCGACAAGGUCAGGAGCUUCCUGAAAUGUUAG